CACUGAUGCACAGUGAUAGGUGGCACUGAUUGGCAGCACUGAUAGGUGGCACUGAUUGUCAUUGAUAGGUGGCACUGACUGGCACUGAUGGGUGACACUGAAAGGCAGCUCAGAUGGGCACUGAUAUGUAGUAUUGAUGUGCACUGGUAGGCACUGAUAUGUGGCACUGGCAGGUGGCAUGGAUGAGCAUUGAGAGCUGGCAGUGAUGGACACUGACAGGUGGCACUGCUGGGGCUACACAGAUCAUCAGGGCACACUGAUCAUCAGUGCCCUGAUGAUCAGUGCACAUGUCCCCUCUGAGGAAUCUGUCAGUGUGACAGCUUGUGAGGAGAGAAAUGCCGAUAACCAGCAUUUCCCUGUUUACAUGCGAUCUGCUGUGAUUGGA